AAACGACCUCCUUCCAUGUAAUCGUUGGCUGUCAUUCGUCCAAGCAGAGCCAGCCGGUGCGAUCGUGGCAGUGGCGGAGUGGAGCAAGCGACUUCUGUAUGUAAAUUAACAUUUCAAACGUGAUAUUGUUACCUGAGUAAUGUAGCAAAUACUCCGCAACUGAUUUCUCCAUCUUUACGAGGAAACUGAUGCUAGCGAGAAAUAAUCGUUGGUUUCGCUAUCGUUUUAUAUCGUGCUGUUUCUUACUACGAGAGUGCCUCACCAUCGCCACCUCUUGACCAUGCUGAGUGUGUGUACAGUCGUCCUGGUGGUUGCUGCUGCAGCCCUCUCCUCUGCAGACUCCGACACACACAGACAUGACUCCAACCUGGAGAUCUACAAGCGUCUGUUUGAGACCAAGAGGAAAGACCAGCUAAAUGCUCUGAAGAACCUGGUGGAGCUCAAUGACAUCAACCAGCAGUAUAAGAUCAUAGACAUCAUGCUGAAGGGCUUGUUUAAGGUGUUGGAGGACUCGAAGGCUGUCCUUAUUGCAGCCAACAUGCAGGCUGAUGAUCCCUUCCCCAUGGAUGACAAAAUCAAAGAAGCCUACUCCCAUGUGGUGGAGAACACGGCGUUCUUUGGGGACGUGGCGUUGCGUUUCCCACGUAUUGUCCACCACUACUACGACCGUAACCCUGACUGGGGCGUCCUUCUGCGAUGGGGGCUCCGCUUCUGCAACCUCACUGGGGUGUUCACCGGGGGGGCACACCAGCAUGUUCUCUCACUGAUGUCGCAGGAGUUGGGAAUAAUAGAGAAAUCCCCAGACUUCACCAACCCAUACCGCACUGAGAGAGACGAUGUGCUUCACACUGCAGAGGCUUUUCAGAAGAUCCUGAGGGAGGAGGAGAAGAGGAGGAGGAAAGAGGACAAGAGGAAAGAGAUUAGGAAGGGGCCCCGCAUCUCCCGCUCCCGUACUGAGCUAUAGUACUUUACCUCAACUCUUGGAGAGAAAUGAUGAGGAGAAGGAAAAUGUGGGGGGAUGUCCUGAGUCCUAGAUUCAGUGAUGAAGAGGGAGGAGAGGAAGUGGGGGUUGGGUGUUGGAACCGGUGAGUUCUGUCAAAGGGAUACAGUGGCAGCAGAACAUUUGAGAGGUAACUAGAAGUGUUUAUGUGGCACAGGAACAAACUGGAGAGAAGGAAAAGGAGGUUGAGCUCUAUCUGUGGAAUCAGACUUACUGUAUACAGAACUGUGCCCAACCUGCAGUUACUAUGAAACAAAGAACAUACAGCUAGCACUAUGUUGAAGAUUUAAUAAGGAAAGCUCAUUUUCAUAACUAGAUUACAUAACUGUACUUUGGAAGAAACAGCAAAUACCCAAUAUGUUGUCUUUUUUUGUGAAUAGAUUGAAUACAAUUUACUACCAUA